AUGGCGCCGUCGUCGCUACCAGAUGUGUUGUUUGCAGAGGAGGUCAUAUCGUUACCACAGCUCGCGGAACUUCAUCGCAGAGUAAACAUCCCCAUAAACAGCACAACGCCACCAGCGCUUGUCGAUGCCAUCCAGCAAGAUCCGUUCUCGAGCUCAGCGAAAUAUAGCCUGCUCUUCGUUUACUUCGCUAUGAUACUGCUCGGAUCGACGGCGUUUAUGCGCAUGUACCACUAUUGGGGCGACAAGAUUCGGACGGCCCUACACAAAGAGGAUGUGAUCGAGUCAGCGAAGGAGUGGACGGCCAACUCGGCCAUUGAUAAUGAGGGGUCGGCAUUUCCUGAGAGCUCGCAGACGGACAGCUCGACACGACACUUCUUCCCGUCAACAGGACCGCUAAUACCGCAGAACCCGAAGAAGCAAGCACCGAUGUCUGCCAUCACGCCGAUCAACAACCUGAUCGCCUUCUGUCGAUUCGUCUUCUACCGGCCGGUUCCUGCAUUGCGGAUAUGGAAGUUCACCUUCGGAUUCCCGUCGUUGAACGUGAUUGUGAUUGUGUUCGCGGCAGUGGCGUCAUCAAUGCUGUACUGUUUCCUGCCACAGCCAUAUUUCUAUGCGUCUAUGUCGUAUGGAUCCGCGCCUCUGGCUAUCCGAGCAGGCAUGAUAUCGGUCUCGCUUCUGCCAUGGAUUGUCCUCACGUCUUCCAAGGCAAAUCUCCUGACAUAUAUGACCGGAAUCGACCACCAGAGACUUAUGGUCUUGCACCGAUGGACGGCAUACAUCUGCGCCAUGUUCGCUGUCGUUCAUGCUGUACCCUACUGGUGGCAGUCGAUACACGACGAAAACGGUUUCGUGGUGUUCAAGCUUUAUUUCAAUCAGCAGUACUACAUCUUCACAACGGGUAUCGCUGCGAUAGCGCCUUUAGCCUUUUUGGUCUUCCACUCACUGCCGAUUCUCCGCUCCAGGCUAUACGAACUGUUCGUCAUUCUGCACGCUCCUGUAGCUUAUGGCUUCAUCGGUCUGCUGUUCUGGCACUGCAACAACUACUUGACGUCUUGGAGCUAUCUCUAUAGCACUAUCGCUCUGGCCUCGGUCUCGCUUGUUCUGCGACUCUUCUAUCUCAACUGGACAAACCCUCUGCGGGCUUCGUUCCUGAUCGGCGAGGAAUCUGCAGUCACCAUCUUACCUGAGAACGCUGUCAAAGUCACAAUUCCGACCCAGAAGAAGUGGAAGCCCGGUCAGUAUGUCUAUCUGCGCAUGCCUGGCGUUGCGCUGUUCGAAAAUCAUCCCUUCUGCAUUGCUUCUCUCUGCAGCGAAGACUUCCCGUCCGAGUAUGGCGAGCAAUACCGGGAUAUGAUGCUGAUCUUCCGACCAUUCGGUGGCUUCACGCGCAAGCUAUACGACACAGCACUCAAAAAGGCCCUAACAAAACUUAUCGCGCCUAUAUUGAUGGACCUUAUGGUCCUCGAUCUAGUCAAGCGCAUGCGUGAUGGGAAAGCAACUACGACAAACGUCACCGUGAUAUGGGCUAUGAAGCGACCCGAGCUGAUGGAAUGGUUCAAGGAGGAGCUACGCAUCUGCCGCGAGCACGCCCCGCCUGGAUCAAUGCAGUGCCAUUUCUUCAUUACCGCUGCGAAACGCUACGAUCCGUACGCUGCAGGAACCUACACCUCGCAUCGCGAGUCUCAGCGCUACUCGGGACUGAAGGAGAAGAUCAACGACGCGCUACAGGGCGUCGCUUCAAAACGAAACUCCGCUUUGAUCCCGGACGGAUACGAGCCAGAUAUGAAGGAGCAGCUUGACCGAUUAGACACAUCUCAUCAAGAGCAAAACGACACGAUCACCGCUCUGCCACAGAACGCCUACCUUUCACCCAACAGUGCCCGUCGAAUGAACCAACACAUAGCCCAACAGUACUCUCCGCAACGCGAAUACUUCCCGCCGCCGCCAGCAUCCGCCAAAAGGAAGCACAUCAUACAUUCAGCAGUACACAUCACCCACCACGCAGUCCGCCAACAACAAUACACCCACCCCAUCAGCCCUCCCUCAAAUAGCAUCACCACCGCACACCGGCACAGCUUCAACUUCGGCUUCCCUCAAACACCGACCCCCUUUCAAAAGAACCUCAUGCGCUUCGCCUUCCUCCCCGGCACCCUACCCUCAACCGUCGCCACACACCACUUUGGCGCGGACUCGGGAGCAUACCCUAGCAUGGCCGCCCCAGCAUUCGGUCGCGACGGCUGGCGGACAGAGUACGGCCGUCCAGAUAUACCGUACCUCCUGAAAGGCCUGGCACGCGAAUUCGGGCGAAGGUCAUGUGUGUACGUCUGUGGACCACCACAGAUGCGUGUGGAUGUCAGUCGGACGGUGGCGGAGCUGCAGAGUGAGGUGUGGACUAGCGGUGGGCGGAGGAGUAAGAAGGGGCGAAUCGACGAGAUCUACCUCCACGCGGAGAACUAUGCACUGUGA